AUGGCGCUCUUUAGCCGUGCCAAUUCGAACGCUCUUUCGUGGUUAAAUCAUUGUUAUUGCAAAAAAUUCACGAUGGGCACUAAUAGAUUAAAAUCGCGCGCUCGCACUUCGAUGUCAUCAACCAUCCAACAGCAUAAGAACAAUAAGUUAAUAAAUACAGAAUCCUCGUUGGAGGCUGAAGUCACCAGGAGAAGAAAUCAGGCGUGUCGAAGCUUAUUGAUACAAGUAUACUCCUCCAAGUCACACAACGAUCUUUACAACUAUUGUUCGCGCUUUGGAGACAUCUUGAGUAUGCAUCACUACCAAAUAAAUAACCAGCACAAUUAUAUCUUACUUGAGUUUAAAGACAUAGCGUCGAUAGAUGAAGUUAUGUUGUCUGCUUCCUUCGUAAAUGGAGAUUACAUUGCCCCUGUAAAAUCGCCAGUGUUGUGGUUCCGUAAAGGACAAAUUGUUGGGCAAAAAAAUAAUCAGAAAAAGGUAUCUCUGUCAGUGGAGAAUGGUUGUACGUUCCUUACUGAUCAAGAGAUUGCAAACAUGUUAUAUAACGCAAAAUCGAUAUCAGGGCAGAUAAUAGUUUUAUACGAGGGGAUAAAAUUAACAGAUUUGGAAGUAAGACUGAGAUUUCACACCGCUCACCAUUUAGAGCAAUACUUUUCUCGGCUAUUUCACAAUAUGAGGGUUCUGCCGUUUGGCUCCUCUAUAAAUGGUUUUGGAAGAAAGAGGUGUGAUCUUGAUUUACUCCUUGUUCCUGAUGGCAAUAACGAAUCCAAUAUCGCGAGUAGAUUGGUAUUUCACACGAAGUCUAUGAAGCACAACGACAGGAAUGAAACAAAAGAGUUUUUGGGAAUACUCGCGAACGGUAUGCAGUACUUCAUCCCUGGAGUUUAUAACGUAAGAAAGAUUCUGGAGGCUCGAGUACCUAUAAUCAAGUUUCGUUACGACUACACGCAUACCGAAUGUGAUUUAAGCGCGAUAAAUAUGACUGCCAUAUAUAUGACCGAAUUAUUAAAUUUAUAUGGAGAGAUGGAUUGGCGGGUAAGACCGCUUGUUAUAACAAUACGGGUCUGGGCAAAGAGUCAGGAAAUAACAUCCGACGUACCAGGACAGUGGAUAACGAACUUUCCUCUUACGCUAUUAGUCUUAUUUUACUUACAACAGAAAAAGAUAUUGCCGUCCUUGAAAAUGUUGAAGACAUAUGCAACGCGCAAUGACAUGCGUACCGCGGAGAAUGGCAUCGAUUGCACCUUCCUGCGGGACAUCAACAAAUUGCCGGCCGAUUACAAGUAUAAGUCGAAUCAGGACAGUCUGGAAACACUUCUGUAUGGUUUCUUCGAAUAUUAUUCGACGUUCGACUUUCACGUGAAUGGGAUAUGCAUACGCGAAGGUGUGCAAAUUCGAAAGCCGUCACGCUCGCCACUCCAUAUUACCAAUCCCCUCGAAACGACGUUGAACGUCUGCAAAAAUGUGAGCCUGUACGAGCUGAAUCGCAUAAUUACCAAGUUGCACGACGCGAUCUACGCGCUAGAGACCAGCGACAAAUCCAGAAGUGUCAACUGGGGCGUCACAGCUUUGUUAAAAAUAAAUAACGCUAACAUGAUAAAUCUAAAAAAGUUAAGCAGCUCGAAAGAACAAAUCUCGGAAGAAGAAUACUCGGGGGAUCCUUCCUAUGAAAUUUCUGACAAAUUUGAAGUUAACAUCGACGAGACGGAAACGAAGAAGAAAGAGACAGUAUGAUACCCGAACGAAUAGUGACAAAAUUUGUACUUUACUUUUGCAGAAAUGUAUACGCUGUAUAUAUUCUUUGCAAGUGACACACUUUCCUUUUUAUACCAAUGAUUUGGUAUUGCAACGGUGCUAGAAAAAUAGAGCUGUUUUACCCAACAAGGAAAGAAAAAAAAAUGACGGAGAGAACUUUUAUUACAGUUGAUUGUGUGUACUGUACUAUAAUGCGUGAAAAUAGAAGAGAAAUGUACAUAAAAUCUACAAUUACGUAUAAAAAUCAAUUAUUACUUAAAUAAAUAAUUGCAAAAUA